UUUACGCAAUACGCAUAGGCAUAGGCACGUAACGCAACAGCCAACAACAACAACAACAACAACCUUUCUUCUUCCAUUUCUUUUCUUCAUUCUCCAUUAGAUCUCCUUUCUUCUUUCUUCAACUCCGCCACCCUUUUUCCAUUCUGAUCCCCAUCUCUCUCUCUCUUUCACAAAACUGGUAUAUGGGUUGCCGAAACCGUGACUUUUCAGAAGAUGAAACUUCCUCUUCCACGCUCAGCGAAGCCCUUCUCUUCGCUACCAUGUGCCUCAUUGGACUUCCCGUUGAAGUUCACAUCAAAGAUGGUUCUGUCUAUUCCGGUAUCUUCCACACUGCUUGUGUCGACAAUGAAUAUGGCGUUGUUCUGAAGAAAGCAAGGAUGACAAAAAAGGGUAAAAGGAAUGUAAAUGUGGAUGAUGGCGUUGUAAUCGAUACUCUUAUUGUACUUUCUGGUGAUCUUGUUCAAGUUGUUGCGACGGAGGUUAUACUUCCGGCUGGUAGUUUCUCCAAAAGUUUGGCUGGUUGUGAUAACGAAUCCAAGGCCAACGAUCCUACUUUGUUGCAUCCAACUACAGCAGCUAAGACAUGUACAGAGUCAUUCAAAGAGGGGAGUCAGGUUAAUCAAACAAGUGACCUGGUCGAAGAUCAAAAUGGGUUUGCUCGUGGUUCAGUGCCUACCUUAACUGGGAAGCUAAAUGAUGUUAGACAACUGUUGCAAGAUAAUGCUGAGAACAACCAGGGAGAUGGACAUCAGAAAAGGGAAAAGAUAAAUUGCAAAAAGCUUGAAGAUGUCUCUGAUGCUGGAAUCAAUUGGAGACAGGACCCAGAUAACCAAUUGAAAAAGGAGCAAGAUGAUCAUGGCCAGGAAUUUGACUUGCAAAAAGUAGUCAAUGUUGAUCGAGUUCAAUCCUCUUUAUCAAGUGAGAAACCAAGCACUGAAACCAUCUCAGCUACCACUACUACAAACGCAUUUUCAGUUGGUGUCUCAACUUCUUCACAUUCGUCUGUGGAUAGCAGCAUGGACUCUUGUCAUAGUUCUAUGUCGUUAACUACUGACAUUACUCCUUCUCAUAAGGAAUUCAAGCUCAACCCUAGAGCCAAACUCUUCUCUCCAUCAGUUGCAAAUAGCAUGUCAGCAACUCCUGCAGCUCCAGUGGCUGCAAAUGUGGCUUAUAUUCCAAACAACUCACCAGUACUACCUGUGCCUGUCGCUCAACCAGAGGUGGAGUUCAGUCCUUUUGUACCUCGUUCACCUGUUCCUGCUGCCAAGUUUGUCCCAUAUGGAAAUUCAAUAUCUGGUUUUGGUGGCAACGUUCCUCAAUUUUCCCAACCUAUGGUGGGACAUGUGGGAACCAGGACGCAGCCACUCAGAUAUGUUAGUCAGUAUCCCCUCCAGGCUGGUCCAACCUUUGGGCCCCCAAAUUCUUCGGCAGUUAUGGUUGGUCGUUUUGGGCAACUUGUAUAUAUGCAGCCAUUCUCCCAUGACUUGGCUCACGGUACGACAGUUGUCUCACCAGUACAACCAUGCCCUUUGUUGACCGCACAGCCUGCUCAAUAUCCGAAACAUCAAGGAACUGCUGCAACACAAGCAUUGCAGUUUUGUGUUCCUCCCCCUUUUAUGGCCGGUGGCCACCAAUCGCUCGCCGCAGUGCCUAACCAAAUCCCAAUUUUGCAGCCCCCCUUCCCACUCAAUCGCCCAAUGCAAGUCCCAGGAACAAAUGCAUUCUUCAACACCAAGUUCUAAUGAGUUUUGUGUCUCCUGUUAAUUCUCCAUGUAGUCUCAACCACAAGCAUUUAGCAAAAUUUUGGUCCUCUGAAAGUUAUUUUUUCAUAAUUUGUUUUAAUUAUUAGCAUUCAUCUUUUUUUUUUUUUUUUAAUUAUUAUUAUUAUUAUUAUUGGAGGGAGAGGUAUUGUUUCCAUUCAAAUCAAGACAUUUUACCUUUGAUUGGUGGAUGGGGUUUGUUGAACUUUGUAUAGGUUGAAUUAAAUUUGGUUUUAGGAUCAGUGAGGGAACUGAGUCAUUGUCAUUCAUGAAUUGGUUUCAAAUUACAGAAAAUGUGUGGAAAAAAAGAUGGAAAGAAAAAGGCAGGAUAUUCUUUUGAUUUUAACACCAAUCUUAAAUAAAUGUGAUCCCGACCACGUUGCA